CUCAGACAAUAUUAGUUCCGCUUGACUUUCGUUCCGCGGCUCCACGAGACUGAAGCAAAGCGCGUCAUGAGCGCCGAAAACUCGCGUUCAGAAGCGCUGCUUCCGCUGAGAAACCUCUGGAACUCGGUGAAGUGCAGCAGGGAUCGAGUGAGAGAUGGAGAGUCCAACGACAGCAGCGGCACCUUCAGCUUGGCCAACUUCUGGGAGAUUCUGAAUGAAGCUGUAAAAGCAGUGUCUCAAGAAGCGACUAAACUCAGCCUGAUGUUCUCCAAGCCGCCACUGCCGUCAGACGAGGAUUGUGCAAAAAUGGGGGAGUGUGUGCAGAAGAGUGUGUUGACCUUGUGCACCGUUUACUUCUGGCUGCCAAAGAGUCAAGGAGUCACACUGAGGAGGUCUGUCAGGGACGCCACCGCUGAGGUUCUGGAGGGUCUGGUUCAGCUGCUGGAUGUCAUUCUGUCCUCACCUGGACAAAGUCUCUCGCAGGAGCAGCUCACCUCCACCGGGAGUGUUUGGGCCGCAUGUGACCAUUUUGACCAGAUACCCAAAGAUAACCGCAGUGCUGUUCUGGCCGUCUUGAGCUCGUGUGUGGGUUUGGUGAAGGACGCUCUGGAGGAGAUGCAGCAGGCUCUGGCUGAGUCACAGGACCCGUUUGGAGACGUCCUGGAUGAUGAUGAUGAUGAUGAAGGUGGUCGUGGGAAUCAGGACAGGUAUUGGUCAGCGUCAGACCGGCAGCUGAUUGGUCAGUGUGAGGGUCUGCUGAAGGCAUCUGCAGCCAGUCUGCGCAAACUCUCGUCUGCGGUCAGACACAACGCUCAGCUGGAGACGGAGCAGGAGAUCGCUCAGCUGGACGACCUGGCGGACGCUGCAGCACAUGUCAGUCCCUGUGUUGAUGACCUGGCCCUUAGCCUUUACCCGCCUGUGGACCGAGCUGCCGUGGAGCAGAACGUGUGCAGACUGGCAGCUGUGCUGAAAAAACUGCUGGACAUCACCAGGUCCUCUCAUGUCUGUGCGGAGGCCGAUGUGUCCUGGGUGGAGUUUCUGAGUGGAGCUGUUGAACACAACCUGGAGAAGGUCAGAUCACUGCUGAGGAGCGGCUCGUAGCGCACGGAGAGACGGUGUGUGUGUGUGUGUGUGUGUACAGGUUUAGCUACUCUUGUGAGGACUUGUAUGUUUUCAUGUAUAUAGUGAAAUAUUAAAAGGAUCCAUUAUUGAG